GUUAUAUAACACAAAAUGGCUAGUCUUACAUUAUUAAUUAUUUCCUUAUCCUUCAACAUCCUAGUACUCCUUCCUCUUCAAUUGGAUGCCAUCUCUUCUUGUAACGGCCCAUGUCGUACCCUAAACGAUUGUGACGGUCAACUAAUUUGUAUCAACGGAAAGUGCAACGACGACCCUGACAUCGGAACCAAUAUAUGUGGUGGAGUUGGAGGUGGAUCAGGAACGUGUAAAUCUUCAGGUACGCUCACUUGUGGGGCAAAAAGUUACCCAAAAUACAAGUGCUCACCGCCAGUGACAUCGUCCACAUUAGCAAAAUUGACUAACAACGAUUUUAGUGAAGGUGGCGAUGGUGGUGGGCCGUCAGAGUGCGACGAGAGAUACCAUUCUAACGACGAGAGAGUUGUUGCUCUUUCCACUGGUUGGUACAACGACGGAUCAAGGUGUGGGAAGAUGAUUAAGAUUAGGGCUACUAAUGGGAGAACCACAACCGCGAAGGUUGUAGAUGAGUGUGAUUUCCGAAACGGUUGUGAUGACGAACAUGCCGGUCAACCGCCUUGUAGAAAUAAUAUUGUUGAUGGUUCUAAUGCUGUGUGGAAUGCUUUUGGACUUGAUACUAAUUUGGGUGUUGUUGACGUUACUUGGUCCAUGGCCUAACUAGCUAGAUAAAUUAAAGCUUUUAUAAUAUAAACUAUAAUAAUACUCUAUUAGAGUAAUAAUAUUGAUAUGUGCAUCCAAUUCUAAAUAUAUUUUCAAAUAUUGCACAUGACGUGAUAUUACUGAUUCUAUGUGUUUAGUAUUUGAGUGCAUAUAUUAUGUGUGUUGUAAUAAGGGCAAUAUGGAGUGAUCAAGAGUAUUGAUCGAUAUAUUUUCGCUUCCUCAUCCUUUAUUGCUUGCUCUUGCUUCACCGUCUGUCAACUCGCCGGAGCUGCUGCUUACUGUCGUCACACGACUCUCCAAGAAGGUUAGGGCUUGAUUUGGGAUGUUUGGGGUCGGCUUAGGAUGGGGUCACUCUUUCUUCAGCCGAUUCUCUGAAGCAAUUGGGAUGUGUUGAAAGUUUUUAGGUCAUUAUCUAUGUGGGAGAAGGUUAGU